AUUUAGUAUUUACAGUUAAUGUUUAAUUGUUAUUUGUUAAUAUAAUUUACAAAUUAUUUAUUGAAAUCAAAUGCCAAAUAAGAAAAGAAUAAUGUAAAACAGUUAUAAAGAAUUGUCUAUUAUUUGACUGAGAUGACGUAUGAAUAAUUAUAUAUUGUCUGAAUUGCCUGAAUUCGAAAUUAAACAAAUGGAUCAGUAUUUUCCGACGGUUAACGAAGGAAAAAAGUAUGAGACACGUUCUACAAUGGGUUCAAAAAUGAAAAUGAACAAAAAUAUGUCUGGAAAUGUAAUCCGGAGCCAUAGAUCUAUUCUGAGUGAUGGAAUAUUAAUGAAAUCAGGGAUAGGAAAACCAUCAAUUUACCAUGCACUAGUUAUUAUAUUCUUAGAAUAUUUUGCUUGGAGCAUAUUAACAUUACCAAUAAUAUCAAAAUUAAAUAAUACAUUCCAAGAUCAUGCUUUGCUUAUGAAUGGUAUUAUUUGGGGUAUAAAGGGUAUUUUAUCAUUUCUAAGUGCCCCGUUGAUUGGUGCCUUAUCUGAUGUUUGGGGACGAAAAUUAUUUUUAUUAUUAACAGUGUUUUUCACUUGUAUUCCAAUACCUUUUAUGUGUAUUGAUUCUGGAUGGUUUUUUGCCUUAAUAAGUAUUUCUGGAUUAUUUUCUGUUACGUUUUCCGUCGUAUUUGCUUAUGUAGCAGAUGUGAGUGAUGAAAAAGAAAGGAGUUGCUAUUAUGGCUGGAUAACUGGAACAUUUGGAGCUAGUAUGGUUUUUGGACCAGCUCUUGGUUCAUACAUUAUGGAAAUUUACAAUACUAAUUUUGUUGUAUUUUUAGCAUCAUUAAUAGCACUUUUAAAUGUAUUUUUCAUUAUUGUUGCUGUACCAGAAAGUCUGCCACAUAAACAACGAACAUCUACUAAUUGUAUAUCUUGGAAAAAAGCAGAUCCAUUUGUUGCUUUGAGAAUGGUUGGUCGAGAUCGGACUAUAUUGAUAUUGUGCUUAACAGUGUUUUUAUCAUAUCUUCCUGAAGCAGGAGAAUACUCUUCAUUAUUUGUUUAUUUGAGACUUGUUAUGGGAUUUAGUAUGUUCAAAGUAUCAAUACUUAUUGCUUUACUAGGAUUGUUUUCAGCAGUUAUUCAAUCUGUUCUUGGCAUAAUAAUGAAAAUGAUGGGAGCUAAAUACACAAUAAUGAUUGGUUUGGUAUUUGAAAUCAUGCAACUUAUGUGGUUUGGAUUUGGUUCAGAAACUUGGGUUAUGUGGUCUGCUUGUUUUUUGGCUGCUAUUUCAAGUAUUACAUAUCCUGCUAUUAGUUCAUUUGUUUCCAUUCAUUCAGAUGCAGAUAAGCAAGGUGUGGUUCAAGGAGUAGUAACUGGAGUAAGAGGCCUUUGUGGUGGAUUAGGACCAGCAAUGUUUGGAUUCAUAUUUUAUUUAUUUGAUGUUAAUUUAAAUGAAGGAAUGCAAAUGGCUCAUACUACUCAUCAUUCACUUAAUAGCUCAGUCAUAAUUACACAUUUAAAGUACAAUAUAAAUAAUAAUCCAUCAUCUUCGAUGAUUCCAGGACCACCAUUUGUCUUUGGUUCACUACUUGUUAUGUGUGCAUUACUAGUCUCUGUGUUUAUUCCAGAAAAUAUUCCCAAUGGCUCAGACCAACGUCAUAAACAAAUUGGUUCUUCAACCCAAGUACAGUACCAAAUUGGUCGAAUAAAUGUUCAAUCUUAUCUUUAAUUGGUUGUCUAAUAGCUUAGUGUUAUUUAGUGUUGGUUUUUUAAAAAAAGAACAAAAGUAUUACCUUAUGUAAUUUGUGUUAAAGCUUAUACAUAUUUAAAAUUAUUUGUUCACAUCAAGUUAAAGUUUAAAAUGAAAAUAAUAGUUACUAUACAAUAUCAU